AUGCCUGCCAACCACUCGGUCUUCAGCCCUCCGGCGUUCCUCCUGACAGGCUUUCCGGGGCUGGAACAUUUCCACGUCUGGAUCUCCAUCCCCAUCUGCUCCAUGUACUUCGUGGCCAUCGCUGGGAACUGCACCAUCCUCUUCAUCAUCAGGACGGACCAAACCCUCCACGAGCCCAUGUACUACUUCCUGUCCAUGCUGGCGCUCUCAGACCUGGGCUUGUCUUCUGCCACUUUGCCCACCGUGCUGAGCGUCCUCUGGUUCAACCACCGCGUGAUCCACUUCGAUGCCUGCCUGACCCAGAUGUACCUCAUCCACACCUUCUCCAUUGUUGAGUCUGGCAUUCUACUCUCCAUGGCCUUUGAUCGCUUGGUGGCCAUCCGCAACCCACUGAGAUACACGAUGAUUUUGACAAAUGACGCCAUUGUCAAGAUUGGGCUGGGGGUCGCCCUCCGAGCUGCCUUCCUCGUCUUCCCCGCUUCCUUCCUCUUAAAGAGACUGCAGUAUCGUAAAGAGAACCUCUUGUCAUAUUCCUUCUGCGUUCACCCAGAUAUCAUGAAAGCUGCAUGUUCAGACAGAAGAAUCAGCAGCAUUUAUGGCUUGCUGGUGAUGCUCUCCUCCACAGGUGUGGAUUCUCUGUUGCUCGUCCUGUCGUACAUCAUGAUCCUGAGAACUGUCCUGGGUGUUGCUUCCAAGGAGGAACGUUUCAAGGCCCUGAACACCUGCAUCUCCCACAUCUGUGCCGUCCUCACCUUCUACAUCCCCAUGCUUGGCCUCACGAUGAUCCACCGAUAUGGGAAGAACGCUCCCCCCAUCGCUUACAUCCUCAUAGCCAAUGUCUACCUGUUGGUGCCCCCUCUGGUGAACCCAAUUGUGUAUAGUGUGAAGACGAAGCAGAUCCGUGCACGCAUAAUUGGGAAGUUCCGGAGGGAGUAG